UUUUAAAAUGUUUGAAAAACAAGAUUUAGUUCAGUGUGCUGAAGUUUUUAAAAACAGUAAUUCUACUCCACAAGAAGUUAUCACUCACGGAAUUCGCUUUCUUCUCUCUAUGUAUGGAGCUCCUAAAAAAACUACUUGUUUAGAUACGUUUCGAUACGCAUGCUUAGUUAAAAAUACUCGAAAUAAAAAACAAGUACAAUUAGCUUGUCUUCCUCCAACUUCUGCGGCUGCUCAUCAACAUCUUUUACAGCAUCCACUAAUUGUUAAGGACGGUCUUGCUCCAAUGUUAAAUCAUCAACACUUGAGGACUCGUUUGAUACCAACGAGGAGACAUGCGAUGUAUCACUAUUCAGCCAAUUUACAUGCACACAGGAUGAAGAAGAGCAAGGAGAAAAAAAAAGAACGAGGAGAAGAAGAAGAAGAAGAACGAAAAGAAGAAGAGGAACAAGUAGAAGAGGAAGCAGAAGUGUUUGAGAAUUAUGAUUCCCACGAAUAA